UUUAUGACAAGUUGUUGCUUUUUGCCGAGUUGUAAAUGUUUCAUGUGUUUGUUGCUUUUUCUCGAGUUGUAAAUGUUUCAUGUGUGUUUUAUACUUCUGUUCUUAUGUGUCUCUCUCGUAUUUUUGUACAGGUUCCAAUCGUAGGGCUGGAGGACAAGAGCAAAUCACCAUGCUGCUGACCAUCACGCUGGCUGGCCAGCUCCUGCCGCCCCAGCUCCUCUACCAGGGAAAGACGACAGGCUGCCACCCGAAGUUCGACUUCCCGGAGGAGUGGGACAUCCAUCACAGCGAGUCCCACUGGUCCAACGCCUCCACCAUGGACCGGUAUGCAGACAAAGUUCUCAUCCCCUACGUGACGGCUCAGCGCGAGGCCCUGGGGUUGAGCGAAGACCAGUCAGCUUUGGCGAUCUUCGAUGUCUUCAAGGCGCACCGGUGCCCUGAGCUCCUGGCCAAGCUCAAGGAGAAUCACAUCCACGCCGUCUUCGUGCCAGCCAGCUGUACGGGAGAGCUUCAGCCCCUCGACUGCGACGGCGGGGUGAACGACGUGUUGAAGAAAGAGCUGAAGCAGCGCUUCGUGCAGUACUACGCCGACAAGUUCACAACAGAGCUACAGGAGGGCCGAGACCUGGCUUCGAUCUCCGUGGACAUGACGCUGUCCAAGCUCAAGCCCAUCCAUGCGAACUGGGUCCUGGGUGCUAUGGAUAGCAUUGCAAACAACGUGGACGCCAUCGCCAGGGGAUGGGACCGUACCGGAAUCAGAGGAGCUGUGAGCCGGGCGCGUGAGUAGAACAAUAGCCGCCGCCAUGUUUGAACUCUGUUGCCAAAAAUGUUGCCAAUUUCUGACGAACAUUUCUGACCAGUAGUCCACACGUAGAUCACCACUAGUUUGAAUUUUAGCGCACUAUUCGAUAGUUUUACUGUAGGUGAAUGUUUAAAACCAUGUUAAUUCAACAAGUUGUACAAAAAUCAAGCAAACUUUGACCGACAUGUAUGUAAACAAGGACGCUACGCUAUGUAAACAACGGCCGCCAUGUUGAAUUUCUCAUGAUUUGUCAAUCCGCCCGCCGCUAGAUUUUCGUGCAAUUCUUGCUCUGUAAUUACCUGUAAAUAUUGUAAGUGUAGCGUAAAUUUUAUUGGAAUGUAUGGAAAUGUUGUGCAAUGAUUUUUUUUGUGUGUAGCUUGUAGUGUAACGAUGUACCCGUGUAGUUUGAUAUUUCGAUGUUUAGACAAAGACCCACGCUAUCGCGCUUGGACAAAGACCCACGCUAAAAAUUCCCGCUUGGUUCGAAUUUUUUGCCGAUUUUCUGUACUGUAAAUAAACUGUAAAUAAGUCUGCUUUUUGUAUGUUUAUGCACCGAUGUAUGUUGUAAAAUUCCGUAUGUUACGAUGUUGCACAUGUUUGCAACUGUUCACCGCUAUAUCUCAGUGAACUAGCGUUCUUGUUAAAAUUUGAUGUUGUCUAGUCGGCUAUCAUGUAAACUUUUACACUGUUCGCAAGAAGCACUAGUAACAAAUAAUGAGUCCAUAAACCAUAUGCUCUUUGAAUAAAGUUUAUUUGAUUCUGAAAAAAAGUCUUUCGUUAUUCGUCGCGUCUUGUCAUUUACUAGACUAGUUCUACGUAAUGUAGAAGUUACUAUACUACAGUACGUAAAUAGAGUUGAGACGCACGAUGUGGGAGGGGGGUGGUACGUACGGAAUGGGUUCGCGAGGAGGUGAGUUCACGGGAAGAAGGUCUUCGUGAAAACCGUGAACUUAAAGAUUUCGUAAUAAAAAAUGGACUU